AUGAGUGAUGAAACCCGCCAACAGUUUUCAAAUGUAGAUAGGAAGGGGUUACAAACAAAAAUUUCAAGGACAGCAAAGAAAAGCGGAGAGUUAAAAAGAAACAAAAAUGAAGAGGAGUUAGCUGUCUAUUUACAGUUUGAUUUCAUUCUUCCUCUCUCCAGAAAAGACCCCUCAAACUUUGGAGUUGUUGAUGAUGUCAAAAAAGAAAAACUAAAUAUUUUAACCACAAAAACAAAAGAGGUUGUCACUGAAAAUCGCUCCCUUAAAAGAGACAUCCAAAGCAUUGAAGAAGAAUAUUCAAUUUUAGAAACACAAAUCACUAGAGCUGAAACAAAAGUCAACAUCCUGCUAUCAUUACUGGAAGAAACAACAAGAAAAAAUGAGGAAUCUCUUAAAUCUUCCAGAAGUGUAGAACAAAUCAAACUAAGAAGCCAAGAGUGGGAAAAUAAGUACAAUAAAUUAUCAGACAAGUUAGAAGACACAUUGAAAGAACUGAAGGAGAAAAAGGAUAAACUUGAGUCAGUUACAAGAAAUUCAACAAAAAAACUGAAGAGAAGAGACACAAAAAUUGCUGAACAAAGUGAUGAUUUGAAAAUAAGUGAGAGAGAAUUGGCUUCAAAGUCAAUGGAAUGUGAGAAAAAAACUACAGAGCUAGAGCAAAUGAGAAAAGAAAAGAGAAAUUUACUUAAAAGUUUGUAG